AUGGAGAGGCUCCCGACAAUCAUCUUGCCGGACGGGCAGACCCUCGACGACACCCCGAGCUCCGGCCGCAGCUCGACAACGACGCCGCGGCAGCGCAUGUCGCUGCUGAGCAAGAACGGCGGGGUGUCCCCAUCGAGUUCAUCCUCGCUUCUUUUGCUGCCUGAGACCUCGCUCAGCGCCGCGGGCAGCGCGGGCGGCGACGCGCCGCCGACUCUGGUUCGCUUUGCGUCUGUGCGCCUCCGCGCGAAGAAGACGCCGAAGCUGGCAGAGGACUUCUACGUGCGGCGCAUGGGCAUGGCGCUGCUGCAACCGGCGCUGCCUCCGUGCCUGUCGGGCCUCGAGGGCGGCGCCCUCAACCGGUCGAGGUCGGUCGGCUUCGAAGACGCCGCGGUGCGCCUUGCGAGUCGCCGAGCUUCGCGUGGAGGGUGCGAGAAGGCGGGCGCUGGCGAAGAGAAGAAGGACGCGAGCGCAGACGGCGGGGUCGAAGAGCGUGGCACGCCGUGGCUCACGCCGCAGGACAGCUUCCACGGCAGCAGCAGCGGUCUCUCGCGCUCGGGCAGUAUGCGCCUCGAGGAGGAAGAAAAGCGUCAUUGGCUGCUCAGGAAAAAGCGCUGCGCCUGCGCUGUGGGCUACAAUUACGAUCGAGACGUCCUCCCCGUCCGCCUGCCUGGCGAAUGCGAGGAACAACGCAAGGAGGGAACCGACGAUCGCCACCUGGUCUGCGCGUUCAAAAGUCUGCGGCACGAGCUGCUGCUUGAACUCACGCCGCCCGACGCCUCUAUCCCAGACAGCGAAGUCGUGCCCUACGAACACCAUCCAUCCGACGCCUUCUCGCGUCUCGCUUUCUCUGUCGCGGACGUGAACGCCGCGCAGGUCGCGCUCUCUUCGCAGAUGAUUCGCGUGGGCAACGCAGCUCAGUUCGCGGACGUCAACUUCGCCGUCACGUUUCGCGAUCCAGAGAAUUUCCGCGGGCGCAUUCUGCAGCAUCUCUCAGAGUACACCUUUGCGCGGAAAGACGGCGCAGCGCGCACUUUCCACCGCCGCACGCUGAGCAACUUGGGGCUCGAGGAGACGCCGCCGCUGGGCUCCAGAGGCUUGCUGCACCACGUCGAACUCCGCGUCAGAGACAUCGAGGCCAGUCUCAAAUUCUACCAAGAGGUCCUUCGGCUGCGUUUGAUCUCUAAACAGAGCGUGUCGUCGUUCGGCGUGACGUUCUUCUUCCUCACAACCGACCCGAAUGCGCUGCCGCCCACACAGUACGAGUUGGACUCUCACGGCAAUCGCGCCUGGCUGUGGGAGCAGCGCUUCUCCUCGAUCUGCUUAAAGACCUUCACAGACGCAGCCACCGACUUGGACCCCUACCAGGACUUGUCCCCACGCGAGUGCGGCUUCCUCGGUUUGACGUUCCUCUGCAAGAAGGCGAGGGAGGCGGAGCUCUGCAGCGCACUCGAGGCAGUUGGCGCGCCUUUGAAGAAGACGGAGGAUCCUAUCUAUGCGCUGCCGGUAUACGAGACGCGAGACCCCGACAACAUCCCCCUCCGCGUCGUCAUCUGCGACGACGCCGCCUGGACUGCGUAG